GAUAGGCUUGGUUUGGGGGUGCAGGGGUUUGGUUUGGGCAUCCAGGGAAGCUUAGUUUGGAAUCCAGGGGGCUGCCAGGGCACAGAUCAGGAGUAACAGGGUCCCUGAAUCUCAGUGCCCACCAUAGCAGAGCCCAGGGUAACCCAUCCCUGUCCUAAAUCCGUCCCUACCCUAAACCCUCGUUCCCUGGCAGGGAGGCCGACAUGCCAAUUGACGUGGAGACAGUGACGCCCACCCCGGUGCCCCUGUACGACAACCAGAAGGCCCGGAGCGUGAUGAACGAGUGCGAGAGGCACGUCAUGUUCGCACGCACUGACGCUGAUGCACCUCCACCCCCUGAUGACUGGGAAGAGCACGUCAACAGGACAGGGUGGACCAUGGCCCAGAAUAAGCUGUUUAACAAGAUCCACAAAGCGCUGCAGUCAGACAGGUUGGCUCGCCUGGCCAAUGAGGGGGCUUGCAAUGAGCCUGUCCUGAGGAGGAUAGCGGUGGAUAAAUGUGCCCGGAGGGUGCGCCAGGCCCUGGCCAGUGUGAACUGGGACACCAAACUUAUCCAGUGGCUCCACACGACACUGGUGGAGACCCUCAGCCUGCCCGUGCUGGCCGCAUACCUGGAUGCUCUGCAGACCCUGAAAGGAAAGAUCCCCACGCUGAUUGACAGGAUGCUGCUCUCUUCCACGGCCAAGACAGGAGCAGCUGGGGCUGAGGCUCUGUCCCUGCUGCUCAAGAGGCCUUGGGACCCAGCAGUGGGUGUCCUGUCCCAUAAUAAACCAAGCAAGUUGCCUGGUUCCCCUCUCAUCCUCAUCGCUUCCUCUGGCCCUGCCAACUCCAUGUUCCCCGCUUCCCGACGGCACCGCUUCUGGCAGUCACAGCUCUCCUGCCUGGGAAAGGUGAUUCCCAUUGCCACCUCCCUGCUGAACAAUGGCAGUGGGGUAGGAGUGCUGCAGUGUCUGGAGCACAUGAUUGGGGCUGUGAGGGGCAAAGUGGCAGAGAUUCACAACCACUUCUCUCACAAGCAGAUCAUCCUGAUCGGGUGGAACACGGGUGCCUUGGUGGCCUGUCACGUUUCAGUGAUGGAAUAUGUCACUGCCGUUGUGUGCCUUGGAUUCCCACUGCUCACCGUGGAUGGCCCCAGAGGGGAUGUUGACGACCCCCUCCUGGAGAUGAAGACCCCUGUCCUCUUCGUCAUUGGGCAGAAUUCCCUGCAGUGCAACAUUGAAGCCAUGGAGGAUUUCCGGGAGAAAAUCCGGGCAGACAACAGCAUGGUGGUGGUGGGGGGAGCAGAUGACAACCUCAGGAUAAGCAAAGCCAAAAAGAAGUCAGAAGGCCUGACCCAGAGCAUGGUGGACAGGUGCAUCCAGGAUGAGAUAGCUGACUUCCUGACUGGAGUGCUGACCCGAGCCGAGAGCCACUCGGGCUCUGACCCCCGGGACCUGGAUGCUGAGAAGAAGAAAAAGCCCCGUGACUCCACCAGGAGGGAUCUAUCCUUUGACUUGCCAGAAAGGAACAGCAGACCUACCUCCCCUGCAGCCAAAGUACCAGCCUCGCCCUCAGGAUCAGAGCAGGACUUAUCCAGCGUCUCCAGCAGCCCCACUUCCAGCCCCAAGACCAAAGUGGCCACCGUGUCCCUCCAGAAGCCCCCCCCGGUGGGCACCACACAGCUCCUCAAGAGGCAGGUGCCGAGGGCAGACACAGUCCUGACACACAAGCAGGCACAAGUUCCGGUGCCAGAGCCCUCGGAAGGGGCUGAGAAAGAUGAUGUGCGUUUGCAGCUGAAGAGGCACCAACCCCCCAGCCCGACCCAGUGCUCCAAAUCCUCCAAACGAGCCAAAAUCAAGGUGACCAUUGUCUCCCACGGGGAUGCUGCUGCCAUGGGCACCGGAGCUGCCCUCACCACCCAGGCAGAAAUUGUUUCCGGAAAGCCGGUGCCCAUGGCCGUGUCUGGAGCAAAGGAGCUUUCGGGGCUGCUCUCCACCCCCAGGCUGAGUUCAGCAGCAGAGGCGUCACUAAGCCCCGCUCCAGCUGGAAUUCCCAGUAGCACAGCUCCCAGUGCAUUCCAUGCCCUGCAGAGCAGGCUGGUGGCCAGCAGCACCCACGGCCUGCAGGCCCAGCCAGCCAGUGCCCUCCAAGGAGCAGCAUCUGCCAGCAGCCUGCUCCAAGGGCUGAGCUUCAGCCUGCAGGACAUUGGGACCAAGGCAUCCACCCUCCCUGCCAGCAUGGCUGCUGCUGGGCCACCUGUGCAGAGCUCAGCUGUGAAGGCUCCCACAGCCCUGCAGAGCCUCAGUGCCAUCACCACAGACACGGGCACCAUCGUCCGCACCAUCCCUGUGCCCACCUCCCUGGCCCUGGGGGCCUCAGCCAGUGGGAAGCCCUCGGCCAUCCACCAGCUGCUGACCAAUGGGGGGCUGGCCAAGCUGGCCAGCAGCCUGCCAGGGCUGGCCCAGAUCUCCAACCAGGCAGCAGGCCUGAAGGCGCCCACGACCAUCACUGUGACCCUGCGAGGGCAGCCCGGCCGUGUGAGCACCCUGAGCCAGGCGGCCAUGGGGAUGAUCCAGCCCCAGCUGGAGGAGCAGCCCAUGCAGACACAGGGCCCUCAGUGACCGCCACCAGCCCCAUGAAGACCCUCUACGUCAUGUCAGCCGCCAGGCUCUCAGCUCUCACCAAGCCUGGGAUGAGUGAGGCUCCUGCCGUGCCCCUCACACU